AUGGCUUCGGAUGCUGCAGAGAUCAGUCUGGAGCCCCACACUUGGGGAUUUAUGCUGAGCACAGCGGCGGUCGUGUCGGAGGAUCUUGAAGGCCUGUUCUUCGGGCCUGCCCCUGGGCAUGUUUGCAGCUUCCGGCUCGUGGGUGGGUCUGGCAGCAGCACCGACAAGGCUACUGCCGUCCUCUCCGAGCGUGCGCAAGAGCUGGUCGCAGAGCAGAUGCGACACGGAUUUAGGCUGCUGGGAUGGUGCAACAUGCGCGGUCCAAGCAGCACAGCUUCCACCCUGACGCCGGAGGAAGCCAGGCUUCACCAGGCGCUGAAGACGGCUUCAGAUGCUUUGUCUGGGCCAGAUACAGCAUUUGCAGGCUGCAUCAUCCAGCGGGGCCCCAAAGAGAAAGACAUGUUUCAGCAGGUUGCGGUUGCCUUCGGGCCAUGCAGGAAGAGAAUUCCAAUCAGCAUACGGCGCUUCUCAGCCCGGGCUCCUCCAGCAGCCGAGCCAGUAACUGGUCAACUCCAGGAGGUGAUGGCUGCUUGUGCUGCAGAUCUGCGUGAAGACCUGGCGGACUUGGACAACAUUGUGGAAAGAGUGCUGGUU